UUACAUGCAAGUUACUGUUGUCGGAAUAAAUUUAAAUUCUAAUGUAUUCCGGUAUGGAAACAACGGUUAUCGGUCUGGAUAUCCUGCCCACCCGCCCGGACCGCAUCCGUCUGAAUAUCUCUGGUAAAAAGUACGAUAUCCCGGCCGCUCUUCUCCACAAACACCCGCACACCCUCCUCGGCGAUCAACUUCAACUGGCACUCUUCUUUGAUCCAUCCACUGCCGAAUACUACUUCCCACGCGACCCCAAAUGCUUCUCUCGGAUAAUCCAAUACUACCAUACCGGCACUUUGCACCGGCCGGCUCGCAUCCCGCUGGCCGCCUUCAUCGCUGAAUGCCGCUUCUUCCAACUGGAUAAACCGGCUCUCCUCCAGAUCGCUGCCCACGAAGGCUUUCAGCCCUACCCUCCGGUGCGGUUGCCCAAAAACCGGGUUCUGCGCGCCACCUGGCGGUUCCUGACGGACGCCGGGAGCUCCCGAGGUGCCCGAGCUUUCGAGGCAUUUAAUAUCAUCAUGAUUUUAUUAUCCGUCGUGAUUUUAUGUGCACAGUCCAUGCCACAGUUUCGGUCGGCGUCGGGGACCAACGGAACAAAGGCCAACGACACCGAUGAGGAAUUAACGGCGCUGGAUGAUUACGUUCAGUUUACCGAUCCGUUCUUCAUCAUCGCAACGGUUUGUAUCGCCUGGUUUACCGUGGAAUUCGCCCUGCGGUUACUCUCCUCGCCGUCAAAACUGGAAUUUUUAAGGGCACCGCUGAACAUCAUUGAUUUAUUAGCGAUUCUCCCGUACUACAUCGACGUGGCGGUGACAGUGUCGUGUCUCCAUGUGGCGCGAAGUAAUUGCAGCCGGUAUAAAACCGGGAUCAUGGUGGUUCUGCGGGUGCUGCGCGUGAUGCGGAUGUUCCGGCUGAUCCGGUUGUCGCGGUAUUCCCACGGGUUGCGGGUGCUGGGCGAGACGUUCGUGGUGUCAGUGCGGGAGUUGGGGUUGUUUCUCAUGUUCCUUGGGUUGGCGGUAGUGUUAUUUAGCAGCUCGGUAUUCUAUGCGGAGAUCGGCAUGAAGGAGACGCAGUUUAACAGUAUACCGGAGUCAUUCUGGUGGACGAUUGUUACAAUGACAACCGUGGGCUAUGGCGAUGUGACGCCCAAAGGGCUUCUCGGGAAGAUUGUCGGCGCUUGUUGCGCGAUAUCUGGACUGAUCGCCAUUGCUCUUCCCAUUCCGGUGAUUGUUGCCAACUUCAAUGCUAUUUACACUCGCGAAAAACUGCGCAGCGAGAUGGAGCAACUGCUGGGCGACGUUCUCAAUGUCCCUCCAAAGGGUGUUCCUGGCACGAAGUCAAGUAAACCCAAGGUCCUGCUAAAUGGGCCGACAUCCGCACUUGACAACGGAGCAAAUGCUGCCAAUAAUUCCGACAAGACUGGAUCAGUCAGACGCCGGUCCCGGCAAGCUGUCAGUUUUGUACAGGACUGCACGGCGACCUUUGACCAUGCUGGGCAUCUUAAUGGGGCACAAUCCAGAACACCCAAAGGCUCCGACUAG